ACGACUUUUUUCAGGUAGCAACAAAACAAAAGACACGGACGUCAUAGCUGUUUUCAUCCAAAGGAGCCAGAGAGUUGCUUAUUAUUAAGUAUAUUUACUAUAGGAGACGUUCUUUAAACUGGCAUACAGCAGAACUCGAUGGAUCAUGCUUGUUAUUGAAGAAAGCGCUCAAGAAAGAUUUUUUAAAAAAAUCAUUACGCGUCUUCUUUGGGAAAUCAUAACUGGAGAGAUAUAAGUGGGAGAGAAAAUAAACAGUUUUGUCAGAUUUGCAUUGCGUAUGUUUGGCUUUUAGGUCUUGUUCUUGUUUUGGUAAAUUCCACUCCACGUAUUUUAUGUUUGCAUUUGAAGUGUGCUUUAUUCUAGUUAAUAACUACGCGGGGAUCAGAGCUAAUUGGAGAAGACUGAUGAAUGGCAAAACAUAAGACGGAGUUUUGCGUGGAAAAACCGCGGUGGUAACGUGUCGCUUUCGCAACGCUGAAGAGUGAUCCUAUUGAGGAGCAAUCGCGGUGAAUGAACGAAGGAACAUGCAAUGCAAUAAAAGACGGUGAAGAACUGUCGCCAUCGCAUUGAGAACGUGGCACCACAUGUAUGCGCGACUUGUGAAUGAAAAGGAAAGCCGCAGCGGAGAAAAGGCAUUCUCCGUAUCCGUCGGGAAGGGGAAAUUGUGUUUUUGUAAGUAUUUGGACCUCUCUGGGAACGGUGUAUUAUACAGUCAUGUAUCUUAUACAGUCGGGUAUUUUAGACAAGUAGUGAAUCGUUUUAUUAUAUCAAUAUGUCAAAUGUAGUAUUUGCUCUUGAGAAGCAGGCAUGUAACUGACAUCUUCCUCUUGGUAUUUGCGGAAAGGUCACAUUGAUCUGUACUGGUGACCCUUUAUUUUCCAGUAACAAAGCCAUAACUUUAAACUCAUUAAAUCGUUGUUAUCACAAAUUAGAGGAUUCAGUUGGAUGAUUUGCCUAGCGUAAAAGAGACACGGUGGUCCAGAAAUGUGGUGAACAACUGGGUCAGGAAAGCAGGGAGUCGCAGGAUGCAAACGCAUGACAUCACCAGUGCUUUUGCUCGACGCACAGUUAAUUUGAAUGUUGUUUGUUAGCAUUUCAGUAUCUGUAAUAUUCGGUGUUCCGAUGUACUGUUCAAUAAACGACUACUGGAGGGUAUAAAGCGAUGUGUAUGUUGGUGAUCGUCAUUAUUUUUUAGUUAGUGAAACAUUAACAGUCAUUUUUUACGGCUGUGUUUGCACAUGUACCAUUUUGUCUAUGGAGUAUCUUAUCGAAUGAAAACUGGAUUAUUUCUGGUCAUUUAGGAAAAAACACUGUUGGCCAGUAUGAGAGACGUAAUGUCAUUGCGAUAAUUCAAGCGUGUGUAAUAUAUAAUACAGAAAUUCAAACAUGUCAUGAUAGGAUUUAUAUCAUCACUGUUUGUGACAGUUGUAGCCUUGUGUUGAGGAAAUACCGCAUAAUAAUAGGUCGGUUGUGUUUGAUAAAUCCUAAUUUUAUUUGAAGUUCUUGACAUUCAUCUAAAUUGUAUGUAGUACAUUGUCGAAAUAUUACCCUUAUUUUAUUUUCCGCGUCGAGCUGUUUGAAUAAAUAUGUACAUUAAUUAUUCUGAAUUGUUUGGUUUGCACACGUUAUAUCACGCUUUCGUCCUGUAUUUAUUUACACAUCCGGGAGCGUAUUAGGCUGCACAAUUAUUCCGCCUUGUCUCCUCCCUCAGUGGCCGUCGUAGCAGUCAAUCACAUUGAUUCCCGCCCACCGCGUGACGUUGCCACCACAAAGCCGCCAGGCUAGUCUAUCUUCGACACAAAGGCAACAACAAAGACGAAAGAAAUGUGCGAAAGAUCACACAAUCAAGCUUGGGAGACAGCUUCAGUACAAGCGGGUUUGCAUAAUUUUAGCCUAUAACAACAGGCAAUAAAAUAAGCAUAGCCGUUUUUUGUGGAAUAGGGCAUUUUUUCUUUAGUACACCAAAAUAUAUUGUGUCAAAAAGCUGGUUUCAGAAGAGAGCCGUUUCAGGUGUAUUUACAGAAGCUUGGUGAUUGAAGCAAAUCGUACAGUGGGGUAUACGGAACAGGUGUCCAUUUCUCCUGUGGUGUCUGUGUGGAACGAGCCACACACCCACUCCAGAACAACGACGGCUUUUGCUUGCAUCUUUCAGUGUUUCUUCUGUCAACAAGUUCAGCAGAGUUGCAGCUCGUCCAGCCCCAGCCCGGAGCCUCCCGAGCAGCAGGUCGACAGGGAGAUGGUGAAGAUGACCAAGUCCAAGACCUUCCAGGCCUACCUGCCCAGCUGCCAUCGCACCUAUAGCUGCAUCCAUUGCCGAGCUCACCUGGCCAAUCAUGACGAACUCAUCUCCAAGUCAUUCCAAGGCAGCCAAGGCCGGGCCUACCUCUUUAACUCUGUCGUGAAUGUGGGCUGUGGUCCAGCUGAAGAGCGAGUGCUUCUCACCGGCCUGCAUGCUGUAGCAGAUAUCUACUGUGAAAACUGCAAGACCACUUUAGGCUGGAAAUAUGAGCACGCCUUUGAGAGCAGCCAGAAAUACAAAGAAGGCAAGUUCAUCAUCGAACUGGCGCACAUGAUCAAGGACAACGGAUGGGAGUAGCCCCCUGAGCUGUGGCUUUUCAGUGACCUUUCACCCCUUUGUCCGGGACUCUGCACUGGCCGCCCGGGCAGGGGGGAUGCUCUCCGGCUCAUCGUGAAAAUUAACAACAGAAUUAAGACAACAAACCUGAUAAAACAGACAAGCAGACUCUUGUUACGUUUCACUCUUGAUUCUGACUGGGCCCUUUCUUGAUCCCUUCCUGUUACAGGUGUCCUCUAUUACGUGUUGAACCACUAUUUAAGAGGAAAUAAUUAUUAUCCAGCCGACACUUCCUUUUUUUAAUGGUGGGGGGAGUGGAGUGGGUGGGUUGAUGAUGUUUCUUUAAUCAAAGAUUUUCACCCGAUGGCAGACUGAUGUUACUGGUUAGCAUUCGUUCUUCUUCUCUGACUCUUGUCUGUCCCUCAAGCUAUUGCUGUGCAUGCUUUACUUGCAGUGUAAGUAAAAACAUGAAAUCCGGGGUGGGUUGGGGGGGGGC